AGCGUAUCUACUGGAGUACUAGUAUCCAAAGCUCAGCGAGGAGUACGUGUGCCGGCGCAUGGGGUAGAGAGGCUGAGACAUUUGCAAAGCGAGGUGACCGACCGCGAGAAGCAAAGCGAGCAUUUGCCUUUGCAUCCCCUUCCCUUCCCGUCUUGAAGCGCCCGCUCCGCUCCCCCACGAUUCCUCCUUCCUCCACACUUCCACAGUCUCCGGCGCGCUCCCCUCGCCCACUCUUCUUCUCUUUCUCCCUCUCUUCCUCCUCCACCUCCAGGGCUCCAGGCUAAAACGUCUUCCCCGCGGGAGUGCUAGGUUGGCUCUGCGCGUGGGGCCCGCGGGGAAAGCUCAGUGGCGCGCGGCGGGUUUUUGGCGGGAGCGGGACUUGGUGGCCGGUGGCGGCGCUGCCUGCGGGUGUCGUGCCGCGAUCUGGGCUCCGGACACGAAUUGGAGCGGACAUGGCUGAUGUGGAGGGCCAACAGCCUCAUCAGGUCAGUGGUGUGUCCAGGGCACAAGACGGGGUUGCCAAGGUGAGUUUGGGGAAAGAGCAUGUGCCAGGAAGCGAGCUCUGGACCGACGGGCUCAUCUGUGCUUUUGAGCUCAUAAAGGGUCACAAGAAGCUGGUUCAGCACAAAUCAUGGCCGACGAUUGAUAGCAUGCAGGAGAAAGAGGUCCCUAUGCAUAUGAAGCGGCACAUAAGUAGGAACGGGCAUCAUGUCGCAACCAUGAAACCAGAAGAGUGCGAUGUGGUGGAGAAUCCCCGCCAGACAGAGUUUGCUAAUGAUCCUUCUCUGUUCAAAGAUAGGCCGGUGCAUGUCAGGGCAAUCCUGGAUCACAAAUGGGUGCCUAUCGGAUGGUCUAGGAUUGCUGAACUGGUCCAGAGGGUUCAGUCAGAUGCCAGCUGGGAUAGUGAGCCGGCGGAGAUGACCGACAGUGAGGAUGAUUACACUGUAGCUGAUGUUGCAGCUCCAUACUGGCAGCGUCCGGUAGGACCUACAUGGUGGUGCCAUGUCACUGCAGGCCAUCCCUCAGUUGACGCAUGGCUGAAUAGUGCUCACUGGAUGCAUCCGGCUAUAAGAACUGCAUUGAGAGAUGAAAGCCGGCUGAUAAGUGAUCGGAUGAAGUACCUUCUCUAUGAGGUCCCAGUUAGAGUUGCUGGGGGACUGCUAUUUGAACUUCUUGGUCAAUCAGUCGGAGAUCCAAACCGUGAAGAGGAAGACAUACCCAUUGUGCUUCGGUCUUGGCAAGCACAGAACUUUCUUGUGACCGCAAUGCAUGUCAAAGGCCCUUCAUCCAAUAUAAAUGUUUUAGGAGUGACUGAAGUGCAGGAGUUGCUUAGUGCUGGUGGAAGUCAAACACCUAGAUCAGCUCAUGAAGUAAUUGCACAUUUGAUCGGCCGUCUUUCCCGAUGGGAUGACAGGUUAUUCCGGAAAUAUGUCUUUGGUGAAGCAGAUGAAAUUGAACUGAAGUUUGUGAAUAGGAGAAAUCAUGAAGAUCUAAAUCUAGUCAGCAUCAUAUUGAAUCAAGAAAUCAGAAGGUUAGCAACACAGGUAAUCAGAGUUAAAUGGUCUCUGCAUGCAAGGGAAGAGAUCAUAAUUGAGCUCCUUAGACAUUUGAGGGGAAAUACCACAAGAGUUAUCUUAGAUAGCAUUAGAAAGGACACAAGAGAAAUGUUGGAGGAGCAGGAAGCUGUCCGUGGCCGCUUGUUCACUAUUCAGGAUGUUAUGCAAAGCACUGUUCGAGCAUGGUUACAAGAUAGAAGCCUUCGUAUCACCCACAAUUUGGCUAUUUUUGGGGGUGGCGGCAUGGUUUUAUCCAUAAUCACUGGCCUUUUUGGAAUCAAUGUUGAUGGCAUACCGGGAGCGCAGAAUACUCCAUACGCUUUUGGCUUGUUUGCAGGACUUCUCUUCUUUGUAGGCUUCGUCCUUAUUGGGGUAGGAAUACUCUAUCUUGGGUUACAAAAUCCAGUGACCAAUGAGAAGGUCAAGGUGAGGAAGCUCGAGCUCCAGGAUCUUGUUUCAGCGUUCCAGCAUGAAGCAGAACAGCACGGCAAGGUGAGGGAAGGUCUCAGCCGGCACAGCUCGUCUCCUAAGUCAUCAUCGGCCUCUAAUGUAGACUACGUUCUAAUUUCUUAAGGCUGUGAAAUUAAUCCCCUUGUGGGAGGGAUUCACUGAACAAGGCCUAAAAGGGAUUGGAAAAAGAAUAAAGUACAAAGAGAUUUGACAGAAAAAAAAAAGGAUUUCCGGAUAGAAGAGUUCUUGGUAAGGACUAAAGUAUAAGCCAUAUAAGUAUAUAACUAUGUUUGGUGAUCUGUAUAGAGGUUUAGAUUAGAGUAUAAUGGUUAACUUGAUAUGCUACGGAUAUACUUGUGACUGGGAAGGAUUAUCACUGAGGAAAAUGUGAUCGAAAUGCUAAUAAAUAUGAGUAACGAGUUGGCCUCCUUUUCUGUAUACCAA